GGUCGUCGAGUCACAUGACAGCGACGACAGAGAGUGCGAAGUGUCUCGUAUCAAAGUACAAAGAUUGUGUCAAUUUACUCGGAUAACAGUGAGAUGUUGCCUCGUGUGACACGUUAAACCUCAGACAGAUCAUUUUUGUAAUCUUUGUUUGAUUUUUUUUGUACUGUGCAUGAUCAAACCUGCUGUUCUUUGCAUCAAGAUCAGAUGAGAUUUCAGCUCAGUUUGAGGAGACUCAAUGCCGUAUUCUCUGCAGGCACCGUCAGAGGCACCGCAAGCUCAGCCGCUAUGAGACUCGUCCAGUUCUGCCACAGAGGCGGCGAGGGGGGCGUCAGAGUCGGGGUGGAGCAGGCAGAAGGUCAGGGGGUCAUUGAUCUGAAAGCCUUCGACCCCUCCAUGCCUUCCACUAUGAGACAGUUCCUAGAAAUGGGGCAAGAGGGAAUGGACUGUGCUAAGAGGGCUUUGUCCAGUGGUCAGCAUAUGGUAGCGUGGUCAGAUAUCAGACUGCUGUCUCCAGUGACCGGCCCAGAGAAGGUGGUGUGUGUUGGUAUGAAUUAUAAAGACCACUGCCUAGAGCAAAAUGCCCCCAUUCCUGAAGAGCCCAUCAUAUUCAGCAAGUUCCCCUCCAGCAUCACUGGCCCUUCUGAUGAUAUCCUUCUGCCAGAGGAGAGUCAGGAAGUGGAUUGGGAGGUGGAACUUGCCUUUGUGAUUGGACGGAAAGGGAAGCACAUUAAGGAAGACGAGGCUCUUUCCUAUGUUGCAGGUUUCACUGUAGCGAAUGACGUGAGUGCUCGGGAUUGGCAGAUGAAGCGCAAUGGAAAGCAGUGGUUGCUGGGAAAAACAUUUGACACGUUUUGUCCACUCGGGCCAGCACUGGUUAGCACUGCAGCACUCAAAGAUGUUCAUAACCUGGGUAUCCGCUGUCUGGUGAAUGGGGCCACAGUUCAGGACAGUAACACCAAUCAGAUGAUCUUUAGAACCGAGAAGCUGAUCGCCUGGGUUUCACAGUUUGUGACUCUUUGUCCUGGUGAUGUGUUUUUGACUGGAACGCCUCCAGGUGUGGGGGUGUUCAGAAAUCCACCUGUGUAUUUAAAGAGGGGAGAUGUUGUGGAGUGUCAGAUUGAUGAGAUCGGGUCGAUACGGAACACAGUCAUGUAACACGAAGAGCCUACAUUGAUUGAAGUGCCACUACUGCAUUUAUAAUUAUUUCAUAUCGACAUCAUAAAACAUGGAUUAUUUUUUAACUGAAGAAAAUAAAAGAAACAUUAUGCUCUGGGCCAAUUAAAAAAAAAAAAAAAAAAAAAAAAAAAAAAUGCAGCCUUUUAUUCUCAUUAUCACUGUGUUUUUCACCAUUUAGUUUCAAACUGGGGUUUUCAUGCCCAGGGUUCCAGUAGAGGGCAUUACUGACCUGUGUAUGUUAGCUUUCAUUAUUUCUUGUCCAUUUUAUCUAUUCUCAGCUUCAGAUAAAUAGGUAUGGUUCCCAGAAACAAAUGUAUUUUUUUGCUAAAUUACACUGUCCUUCAAAAUAAGGUGACUAUUCAAUAAGCAGGAUUCGGAUUCUUAUAUUUGGAAAAAUCAUUCAAAUGAAUAAAAAUCAUAAAAAAAGUCUUAAAGUUGGUCAAAAGGUAUGAGUUUAAUACUAAACUUAAUACAAUAAAAGCAGGAACUGUAGCCUUUUUUCAAAGUAUCUUAAAGUUGUGAUAAACAACUAGCGACAGAUGUUUUCUAUCAUACUGUGACAUACAUAAAUAUGUAACAGAUCCAUUGGAAGAUCCAUAAAAGUCGGAUCCAUUGGUCAUUGAUUGGAUCAGUGAGCACCAUUUAAAAACUAAUGUAAGGUAAGCUUUCAGUCAAAUGCAAGAAAAGGGCAGGAAGUAAGCAGACUAAAUGAUUGGAGAUGUCUGGCGUAUAUCACCAGAGAGAAGUCUGGAGGAUCGAGUGAAAUGAAGAUAAAAAAACAUGGAUGAAUCAGUCACAAGAUCUAUAAGAUGUGUUCACAAAAUAGAUAUGGCGAAUUUCCAUUUCAUGCCAACUUUAAAACAAAGUGAUUUUUAAAGCAAAGUGUUAAUCAAUAAAUCCCUGAGUUCAGCAGCCAA